CCUGGACACCAGCCCCUUCGUGCGUCACACCUUCUGGUCAACUAUAGUGUUGGGUUUUAACUUGAUGUUAAAUUCCAUGGCUUUCAACCAGUCAUCAUACCAGAGGUUAGCCUCCGUCAGCACUCUUAAGGUAGCACAGAGUUCUUUGUCAACUUGGUGGAGAAAUUCUGUGGGCCUGUAUGAUCCUGGGAGGACAUCUUUGAAGGACCUGCCUUAUUUCCGGAACCUGGCAGCACAAAAGCAACAACGUGUCGUCAAAUUACUAUGUUAA